AUGGCUGCCUAUCUUCUCUGCUUGACUGAGGAGGGAGGGGUGCCAAUUUUCACGAAAACCAAGGGUGAUUUGAAGCUGCUCCCGUUCCCUGUCAUAGGUUCUAUGAAUGGCGUCCAUAUGUUUGCAAGCAAUCAUGGGGUAUCCCUCGUCACAACCACAACUGAAGAUUCAAAAGUCGCCUGGAAAGUGUUUCAUGAUAGUAUUAAGUUAAUCCUGGUGUCGCACGAUGAUCAAGCUAACGACAAAUAUUACCUGCAGUGCCUCGAUUUGCUCUUUAACGGUAUGGUGCUACUCUGUGGACUGGAAGAACUCACAAAAAUAAGGAAUGUCGAGCGGUUAAAAAAAGAAAUUAAGGUUUCUCUGCCCUUAGCCGAGACGUUACUUGAACAAGCUGACCUCCCUCUAAUAUGUGACCUGACAGGCUGUGUCGACAUGGUGGCUACCUCAGAAAGUGCAACGUUACAGAACUGCAUAGAUGCCUUUGCUGAGUCAGCAGAAAGUCCAUACGGGUGCUUAUUUGUCUACGGGAAAGUCGUCGUGGCAACCAAAAAAUGGUGGAAUCUGACAUCCAUGGAACAAAUCUUACUUUCGUUGCUCAUUCACACUCUGCCAAAAUGUUCGUGCCGGGAUUUGGUGGUUUAUCUCCCCGAUACGAGCCCAAAAGUACCUCAUCGCUUGUUGAUGUUCCAGCUCGUGCAAGGCGUUGAGGCGUGUGUAAUAUGCGGGCCAAAACCAUCUUUAGCAGAAUUACAAAGAGAUGUUAGUCGAUUCUGGAGAACAGUUUUUGAACCGCUGAAGACAUUGACGUGGAGUCAUCCCCGAAACUUUCCAACCAGUAUUGUAUUAGAUAAAAACAUUUUAGGGUUUUUAUUGGUGAACAGCGAGUCCAAAAGAUGUCUCUACUCCGUCCACAUACAACAAGAGGCAGAACCAAACACCGGCAGACGACACUGCAAGACGUUACCACCAAAACAAUGCAGAGAAAUUCUCCGGUCAUUUUAUAAAUCUGUCUGUGGGACUCUGUUCACGACAUUAUCAUCACCGAAGAUCAUACCAGCAUCAGCACAAGACCAAGAUCACCAAAUCAGCUCACUCAACCACGCCACACAUGGAACAUAUCUAGUUUCGCCAACUCAUAAAUGUUACGCCCUCAAGAACAAAACCAUCCAACUUUAUGUGCUAUUCUCGUCCAGUAUACCUACAUAUGCCAUGAGAUCCGUAUCGAACAAGACCCUCGGUGCUCUCACAAAGGAUAAGACCAUGCAGUUAUAGCACAAGGCGGACCUCAUAGCUAAAUAUUGUGGACUUUGUUUUUCUGUACUGCACGGGUUGCUUCUCAUAACAGUGUGGUCACAUAUCAUGAUUAUCAUUACAGGCCACUUAUUGUGUUGGACUUGUUCUCUAGUGUGGUACUGUAUGGGAGGGCAAUGUUCGUGACUGUUUUAUUUUUUGUGACUUAGGAAGCAAGCACGAAGAGAAAACUCAUAAAAGUGUCAAUCUACAUGUAAGGCAUUAACCAUUAAAUUUCGGCAGCUAGUGCGUAAGGUGAGGCAGUUAGUUUAGAUUUCGUUGGGGUUGAAGUUCACCUCAACUUACUGGUCUGGUGGCAAGAAAGAUUUUAGUCUGGUGGUCGAACUUUGUCAAUAGAAAAACCAUUAAAGCUACAAAGAUUAUGGCCUAGUGGUAUGUUUUAAUAAUGGCCUAGUGGUAUGUUUUAAUAGUCUGGUGGUAAAUGUACAAAUUUGAUUUUGGUCUGGUGGCCCAGAGGCCAAAAUGGGCAGCGGAGAGCACUGCCAUAGUAUGUGUGGGGAGGGCUAUAAACUUGAUGUAGUAAGCUUACUUUUAUGGGGUUUUUACUGGGAUAGUUGAUAUCCUGAUUAUUACAUAAACAUACCUCAUGAUAUGCAAAUAUGUGCUUACUGCCUUGUGUUUUAAAUCAUUGUAUUGUGCUGUGUGUCUUUUCUUGUCAGCAUGUUCAUCUCGAUAAUAACCUCUUUUUAUAGAUACUGGAGUCUUUAACAUGUAUAUGAAGUUGUGAAGUUCCUAUUUUGCAAUCCCUCAGAGAUCAUGAGGCUGCAUUGAAUGCACCAACUUACUGACUCCGCCAUCCAGUUUAAAAAGUCAUGAUUCUGUCAUUUCACAGGAAUCCAACCUCUCUAAUCAUGCCUGCUCUCACUAAAAUUCAACCUGUCAUAAUGUUAAGAUUUUAGGCUCAAAUUUGUUUAGAUUAUAAAUAUGUUAAAGUGAAAAGUAGCUAUGUUAGAUUGUUAGAAAUCCAGGUCGAUAUGUACAGGUUAGCUUUUGUAGACAAAGGUGUAUAUAAGAUUUCUUAAUAAACUAUUUAUU